UCUAAGUUAAACACUUUGUAGGGACUCUGUUACACACCAUAAAUCCAUCCCCAAUUUCAUUUUGAACACAACUUUGUCUUUCUUCCCUUCUCUGCCGUGCAAGUGCGUUAUAUUGCUGAAAGCAAAAGUUACAUUUAAUUAUACAUCAAACACUUGGAGAAAAUCAGUUACACCAUUUAUAUCUUUUCUUCCUUUUUCUCUUCUACGAAAGAUUUAAACAAAAAGUGAAAUCGAGAUUCAUCGAGAGUGGAGCAGUAUUAUUUUAUAUAUACCUCAAAUUACUUUGAAAAACCUGUUGCACCAACUCCAAAGUUCUUCUAGCUGAGGCCUUAUUACUUUAACUAACUACUACUGCUUAACCCACCCACUAAUUUCUUCUGUAUAAAAAAUUGAGACGCCAUUCUUUUCAAUCAGUCAACUUUUUGUUGGAGUAUAUUCUACACCAGUCAAUUAAUAUUCCUCUAAAAAUUUCUAUUCAACCUCACCAACCAAAUUAUACUAUGUCAAGUAUGUUGGGUUCACAAGGCUUCGUAUUGGCGACAGCCAUGGCGGUCUCUGCCGGCACCGUAAUUUUACUCGAUCUUUUCCGGGUCAAGUACUUCCCGGCGACCCAUCUUUCCGAUCAACAACAAGAUGAAAAACAGAUCCUCAAGUCCUGUUUAUCUUCAGCUGGGAAGAACAAGGACAAAACAAGAAAGAAAAAGAAGAAAGUUCAAUUUGCCGCUGAUGUGAAAAGUUCGAGCGGAAAUGGCGAGGAGUACAGAAGAAAACAAAUGAGGAAAUUCACAGAAAGUCGAAUUAAAUCUUGUGGGAAUGAGAUUGUGGGGAUGCCAGGAAAUAGGAUGGCUUUGUACACUGGGAUUCUCAAGGAUCGGGUUCAAAGAAUGGGAUUCUCCCAUUGAUCAAUUUGUAUUUUCGUUUUGGCUAAUUCCUCUUCCACUUCUUGUAAAACAAAAACAGAGGAAUUAGGGCAAAGAAAUUUCAAAGGCCUCACUGUAAUUUGUAAAUAAUGGCGUGUGAACGUAUUUUCUCUACAUGAAAUUAGGAAUUCCUAGUGUAUAUUUUUCUGGAAUCUUCAGUUAAUGGGUAGUUGUGUAUUUUUCUGGAAUAUUCAGUUUGUUUAAUUUUGAGUUGGGUAUAGAUAUUAAGAUUCGAUAAAAUUUGAA